AGGCACCCCUCUUCCACAUUGGCCUUCUCUCUUAUAAUUCCGAGAGCCUCCAAUAUCAGAACGUAACAGGAAGAAGAAAAAAGCGUCUUCUUCGAUCGCCGAAUCGAAUCGCAAUAACAAACAGAGCGAUGGCGAAGAAGAGGAAGUCCGUAGCGACGAGCCUGGACGAGGUGGAUCGGACCAUGUACGCGUCGUUUUGCAGCGCGGCCAACUCGCUCUCCCAGCUCUACACCCAGGCCAUGAACCACCAGAAGUUCUCCUUCCAAGCCGGCGAACGCCACGGCCUUGAAAAACUCUACCAAUGGAUCCGGAGGCAACAAGAGGAAGGAUCUAGAGUUGCAACAGUUGAUGUUCUCAAUUACAUUCAGCAGAAUGAGCUGGACUACUGUGGGGAGGAGCCAUCAAUGUCCCCUAGAGCUCCAGUGCAACAUCAGCACGCUCAACCUGCAAUGCAUGUCACGAACUCAGGUUUCCCAGUUUCGUCAGGCUCAUCUGGCCCAACGACUGCUGGGCAGGGUAUUCGCUCCGAUGAUCAACAAUCUAAGAAUUCAGUCUUCUCAAAUGCUUUAUCAAGCCCUCUUCGCCAGAGCCUUCAGCAGUAUCACAUUACUCGGGGAGGUUACUGUCCAAAUAGUGGUCUUCCCUUAGGAAAUGGGAUGAGGAACAAUGAACCCUCCUUUCUUCAUAACCAGAGCAGGGAUUCUAGUGCUCUCAGUUCCAAUGAUUCUGCCAUGGACAUGCAUGCAGACAGUCCUGCCCAUGAAUCCAGUUACUGAAAUUGCCCAUAUCACUACUCUCUUGCCAUGCAGUUGUCAACAGAUUUGGAAGAAUUAUGGUGAUUUCAAACCUCUUUUCUCUGCAUUUGCAUUAAGGAAUGAAAAAAGUAGAAAGAUGGAACUGAUAACAGAACGUCUUAUUUUACCUCCUCUGAGUUUGGGUCUUUCAUAUCUUCUGUAAAGUGUUGUUAUUGAAUAUAUCUAAAAUAUUUAAAUCUGCACCUAUGGUUUUGCCUUCU